AUGACAAAAAUUGCCGCACUCAAGGGUAUCUCCCGUCCGCACAAGCAUUCUAGUUCUCGCCAACGAAGAACGAACAGGCGUGACCACACGUGGGCAGACGUGUCUGAUGACGACCUGAGCGUAAAGCGCUCCAGGAAGGCUCAAAUCAAAGGCCCAAAAGGCCCCAAAACCUUUUCUCCCUUGCCUGUUGGGUCAGGUUCAUGGACGAAGGUUAAACCAAGUACCGCAGGCAACGUUGUUACCUCGAUAUUGGAGCAAAGGAACAGUCUUCCCAUAGCCUCAGGCAAGGAUGCCAUCGUAAAUGAAAUCAAGUCGAAUAACGUAACAAUUCUUAUCGGCGAAACCGGUUCGGGGAAAACAACACAGGUCCCGCAGUAUUUGCUAGAAUCUGGAAUCUCCGGACAAGGCAUAAUUGCAGUCACUCAACCGCGCAAAGUGGCUGCUACUUCAUUGGCUGCAAGAGUCGCUGCAGAACAACGUGUCCCCGUUGGUGGUCUGGUUGGUUAUUCUGUCCGCUUCAACGAAGCGCAUUCCCCACAAACGCGCAUCAAAUAUGUUACUGACGGCAUGCUUGUCCGUGAGAUGCUUGGUGAUCCCUUCCUCACCAAAUACAGUGUUAUCAUUAUUGAUGAGGCGCACGAGCGAACUCUUCGCACCGAUUUGCUCAUUGCCAACCUCAAGAACAUUCUCAGAGUCAGGAACGCGACUGCGGACUCCAAAGGCAAAGCAACGACAGCGCGGUGGACCCCGUUUAAGGUUGUAGUUAUGAGUGCUACUCUGGAUGCCGACAAGUUCAGCCAUUUUUUUGACAACGCCAAAGUCGUCUAUGUCAAAGGUCGUCAGCACCCUGUUACAAUAUGCCAUACGGCUGUCAGUCAACCUGACUACGUCGAUGCCGCUGUGCGGACUGUUUUCCAAAUCCAUACGGACAUGGAUCCAGGAGAUAUCCUGAUCUUUCUUCCAGGGCAAGAAGAUAUCGAAAGUCUGGAAAAGUCGCUGAAAAUGUACGCCGAUAGGUUACCAAAAGGAUGUGAAGGGAUCGCCUUGUAUCCUAUGUAUGCCGCAUUACCUCCUAAACAACAAUCCAAAAUUUUCGCCCCAGCGCCACCUGGCACGAGGAAGUGCAUUCUAGCCACCAACAUUGCUGAGACUUCCAUCACGAUCCCUGGCAUAAAGUAUGUAAUUGAUACUGGUAAGUGUAAAGAGAAGCGCUAUGUCGCGCGCGAAACUGGAGCAGGCUUUGACACUUUACUGACACGAGAUAUCACAAAAUCGUCUGCCAUGCAGCGCGCGGGUCGUGCGGGUCGAGAGGGCAGCGGGAUGUGUUUCCGUCUUUACACAGAAGAAUCAUUCAAGACCAUGCCUGAUUCCGCUGAGCCCGAGAUACGGCGUUGCUCGUUGACGUCGAGUCUGCUGCAGCUCAAAUGUCUCGGCCAAGACCUAGAGCAAUUGGAUUUUAUGGAUAAACCAGACCAGGAAGCUAUUGGAGCGGCGCUAAAGACGCUGUUCCUCUUGGGUGCUAUUGACAGCCAAAAACGGUUAACUCCCCUUGGCAGAGACAUAGCAACAUUUCCCCUUGAGCCCGAUCUUGCUCGCGCUCUCAUCGCAUCUAAAGAGUUUGGUUGCACUCUCGAAAUCAUCGAUAUUCUCUCAGUGUUGUCAGCUUCAUCCAAGCUGUUUUUUGAUCUGGCUGAUGAGCGCGAAGUCGCUUCAGAGGCGCGGCAGAAAUUCAGGCAUCCAAGCGGAGACCACAUGACGACUUUGCAUGUCGUUAGGUCGUAUCUAGAAAUUGCGGUUUCGGAGAGUAAGGUUAAUCGGCGGGAGUGGUGCAGGAAGCAGUAUGUGAAUGAUCGAUGUCUUGUCGAGGCGAUGGAUAUUCGAAGCCAGCUGCGUGACGUCUGCGAGCGUAUGCAAAUUGAUUGGCAUAGUUCGUGCGGAGCUGACGAUCAAGCUGUGCUGAAGAGUCUGGUACGCGGACUCAUUCAACACGCUGCUUUUCUACAGCCUGACGGAUCGUACAAACAACUUAUGGGUCCAUCGGUUGUCAAAGUUCAUCCUUCCUCAUCUCUGUGUGACAAAAAAGUUCCGGCUAUUAUCUACGAUGAAUUGCAGCCAGUCGCGCUCGCGCUGCUGUGUGUGGCCUGUGACGGCGCGUCGGGAAGCGCGUCUGUACUGAUUUGGUCCAACCUCCAUGAGCUUGCGGCCAUGAACGCCAACCAUUGGUAUCCUCCUCAGUCGAGCAGGUAUCACCAGCAGUACUCGUCUCCAUCGACCCCUGUGGCUAGGGUGACCUCUGAUGCUGUACAAGAUGGGCACGGGCUGCUCGCCGUGUACCCCUUCGCCUCUGCCACCCCUACUACGCACGUCGCGAGACAUUUAAGCAACUUGUCUAUUUCAGCUGCUGCGCCGUCGUAUCUGCAAGCAUACCCUCCUUCUGCCUCUGUUCCUUCAUACCCUCAAGCUCAUUUCCCUGUAUCUGGGGAGUAUGCUGCAGAGUUGAACCACCUUGCUUCUUCUUCUGUUCCUACCUAUGACGGAGGCUAUUGGGAGUCCGCACGGAAUGAUGCAGUUAGAUAUCUAGGAGAGCAGGAAUACGACUACUCAUAUUAUCAACCUUCAACCCUUUGGCCGCAAUCGUACACAAGCUCAAGCGCGUACCAGACCACCCCAUUUGCACAGUCUGUAUUUCAGUACUCAUCUCCAUCCACCUCAUAUCCUACGCCCCCACCUGCGAGUAUUAGCACCUCUUUUUCAUCGCUUGCACAUGCUCUUGGAGAUCCUAUUCCAAAGCCUGCGAAAACAGCCCACAGACCAAAUGAGUCGAAGAAGUUCUUUGACGACUUUCUAGCGCGUUCGAGUACAGAAAUGUCGUCGUCUAACGUCACGGUCAACCCACAAUCGACGCCGCAUCGCCCACAAGCUCCUACAAAAGUCGAAGAGAGCCCUGACCCGUUGGCUCUUCCUUCGUUGAGUCCUCAGAGAUCUGUCCGCAUUACUCAGACAUCGCGAAAGCGAAAGGUAGCAGUAGCACUGGAAUCCCCAACUCUCAAACGAAGACAGGUCGUGAACGGGUCGUCAUCACAACUUUUUCAGUCGCAGUCAUCGAAGGCUGGUCGCAGCACAUUGGGCAGCUCACCUGCAAAAUCUCAAGGUAGCCCGACUCCUAAGAAGAAGUUGGAACCAUUUAUCGAUGUACCUCCUCUGCCUCAACUUUAUCACACUCCAACAUCUCGGAGACACAGCCACUUGGAAUCUCACACGCCGCUUACGAACGGAAUUAGCAGAAACAAAGGCAAAGGAAGGGCUGUCGAAGACGAAGAUCUUGGUGGGUUUGGAACUGAGGAAGAUGAAGGUCCACCUAUGAGUCAAAGCUCUGGACUGGGCCGAAGUGUGAAAUCAUCAGGUAGAAGGGCUACUGGGGAACGGGACGAUAGAGCUCCCAUCGAGAAGUUUACGACGUUGCUCGAAGAUAUUUUCGAAGCAGAGGACGCGUUACCCGCAGAUGCGAGCGUGGGCCAUUUACCGUCAGAAUUUUUCUCACCUCACACCAUUGAAGGCGCGCACCCCCAUCUCAACUCAGGCGUCAUUCGCAAAUUAUGCAAUUAUAUCACCAAAGUUGCUCGCCCGAGUAAACGACUAAGGCUCUCCUCACGUGAGAGUAAUAUAGGCGGGGUCACUCCACGAUCGCGAGGCGGUAUGGCAGACCUUGACAUGACCGUCUUGUCGAGAAUACUCAAAAUACUCGACCGGAGCGCGAAAGCUGGACAAGACCUUGACCCAUUUGGCUCCGGUAUAUUGGGUAUAUCUAAUUUGCUGGAACCUGGAAGAGACCGAGGCGGGUUGAAGAAAGGUGGCAAAAACAAUAAGAAGAGCACAGAAGGCGAUGUGAAACGAGCUACGUCCCAGACACCAAAACCAGCCGGGGAUGUUGCUUCCGCGGACGAUAAUAUGCGUAGUAUUGAUGAUGAGCAGACCAGCAUGCAAGAGUUAGCUGACUCAGAUCUUGACGCGUUAACUCGACAGCUUGAUAUUGCCAUGGAAAGUGUUCUGGCGGCGGAUUGCUGCAUUGCAGUAUUGAGCAGCGAUAGGUUACCCAAGCAGUUAUACUCUGAGGAACUCAUCACCGUUUGUCUGAAUACCGUUAAAAAUCAGCUGACGAAGAUUGUCUAUCCUUUCGUCGAAGCUCCCAAUGAUCUUCAUAAUCAACCGCCUCUUCUGCGUCAUGUCAUCCACCCUUCGUCUCGCGACAGCAAUCAUCGACGGCAGUUGGCUGAGCUAUUCCAAGCCAUAUCUUCCGCCAUUCCCCGCAUAAACGAUCUAAUCUGUACCGAUAAACACACAAUGUCCGAAACUAUAAUCAUCCAGGCUGUAUAUAUCGCCAUUGGUCCAUUCUUUGUCGUUGAAGUUGGAGGCGAAAGCGAAGGUAAGGGUAAGAAAGACAAUGCUGUUCUGAACACUCUGGGAAGCAGUGCAUUGAGAGGGCUGAGACUUGACGCCCUUGCGCUGAUUAGAAAUAUAUUUGCCAACCAUGAGGAACAGCGGGGAUGGAUUAUUGAGGAGAUAUUAUCGUCCUUGAUCAGGCUCUCUGACAAUAAGCAGAGAGUGGGCCAGUUCCGUCUUCGUGAUGGGCGCUCAAUUCGCACCGUCUCCGCUUUGCUUCUCCAGCUAGUGCAGACGUCAGCUCAUGACGUUCGUGUGGAGGCUCGCUCGCUGAGAAAGGCGCGCGACCAGGCUCUUGCAAUCCGCCGUCAAAGCUCUUUUGGUGACAAGCAAGGAGGGCCGUUCCUUGACGAGAAGGAUCUCGAGGAGAUUCGCUUGUAUAUGUCCGGGUUAGAUUCUGCAACGAAAGCGGCCAAAACGAUCAUUAUAUUCCUUACUCAACGAUCCGGCAAGAGCAAAGUCACCAAGAAUGCUAAUGAAGCAGAAUACCGUGCUAUUCUGGAUAGUCUCGUCUCUGAUUUGCUUACCGUGCUCUUCUGGCCAGAGUGGCCUGCGGCAAGUCUUCUCCUAAGUAUAAUCUGCAAGUUCAUGGUUUCCUCGCUCGACGACGUGAAGUCAACAACCCAGGGUGACAAUAACGCUAUCAAAACUAUAGCGCUUGACCAUCUAGGGGUCAUUGCAGCGCGCUUACGAUCAGCAACGCUUAAAUUCCAGUCAGAUCAUGGUGAUCCCAAUAAGCGGCUUAAAUCGUUAGAUGAGAUUAUGUCGGUUGUUGACAUGACGGAAUUGGAGGGCUUGGUUUAUGCGCACCAAGACCUUGCCGCUCAUUUAUCAAGACGUGCCGGAGAAGAUCAGGCUUUCAAUAGUGCUCGUGAACUAACGGCCGUCAUCUGGGGUCAAGAGCUCGUUUUUGCACUGCAACAAUGCGGGGGCAUAAUUACGGAAUCAGGAGAACAUUUGGAUGCUAAAGUUGAUCGUAGUAUGGUGCUCCCUUUCGGUCAACAGGUGAAAAAGGCUCUUCGACGGAUUUGGGAUGAUUCAUCAGCUGAUGUUUUUGAUGUUGGGACUUCCCAGGAUGAAGUUGUGCGGAUUGAUCGACUGUCGGAGGAAAUCGGGACCAUCCAAAGCUUCAAGAACUCGUUUAUUCCCAUUCUCAAUGUGGUGCUACAGUCACUCGAUGCGCCUCCUGUUUUCAUGCGUACAAAGGCACUGAAAGCUUUAGGUCAAAUAGUUACAAGCGACCCAAGUAUCUUAUCGACUCACAACGUGCGCAGGGCGAUUGAGAAUCAUCUCUUGGAUAGUUCUUCUGCCGUUCGCGACGCUGCCGUUGAAUUGAUCGGAAAGUAUAUGAUUGAUUCUCCCAAAUUUGCGGCGGACUAUUUCCCCAAAAUCGCAGAGCGCAUUGCGGACACUGGACUGGGUGUCCGGAAACGAGUGAUCAAAUUACUUAAGUCAUACUACACAGUGACUGAUGAUAGAAUGCGACGUAUUGACAUAUGCACCCGAAUUGUACUCCGAAUGCUAGAUGAAGAUGACACCGUCAAGGAUUUGGCUAUCAAGACGAUGGAAGAACUGUGGUUUCAAUCCGCCCUGGCAACAGUAUUGAGGGGCAGGAAUACCGCCAUGAUUAGUGACAAACCACAGCUACUGUCCAAAGUGACCAUCAUUAUGGGCGUUGCAGGUCAUUUUAAAGACCGACAAUCUCCUUUGGAAGAUUUGUUGCAUCACAUCAUGGCUGACAAGGAAGGCCCUGAUGCAUCCGGUCUACAUGAGCGAUACGCUGAAAUAUGCGAAACGCUGAUCGAAGGACUAGUAGAUGCUACCGACCUACCUGGUUUCACUGUCGUCAACUGCGUGCGGACAAUUCAUCUGUUCACUUCUGCCUAUCCAGCGGUGCUAUCGGGGGCCAAUGCAUCAACAUUGCUGCCAUAUCUAAAGAACGCAACUUCGAUGGAAGAGCAGAUCACCUCCGAUUAUUUGCUACGAAUAUUCAGAGCAUCAAUUCCUUACAUGCCCAAGACGGCAGCAAAGUUCGGCCAAGAGCUCCAGCUUGCGCUGCAGCCAAUGAUCAUUAAACCUUCAGCCUCAGCUGGACUAUUGGGUCUUCAAGAGACGGUUGCAUGCAUGUGUGCCAUCGUUCAGCACAUCACGCACGAUUUCGGCCGUUUAGUGGCCUUACUGAGGUCCUGUAACGCGCGUCUGCAGCAAGCAAUCAGUAAAUCUUCGACAACAAUGACUGCCCCUGAGCAGCGGGCAUUGUCCAUCCUCCUCUUCAUUAUAUCACUAUUGUGCGAACACUCCAAAUUCGAUCAGAUCAGGAUAGAACAUGAGACCCUCCGUGCCGAGAUCGACAGCAUCACCAAGGGGUCAAUAAUUGAACACGUAUAUUGGAGCUUGUUGAGCCUAUAUAACAAGUAUGGCGAUGCUGGACUCAGAGGCCGUAUAUUGCAAUGUCUCGGUUUCCUCUUCCGUGCACAGCCUGCUCUGAUGACGACGGAUGCAUCGGCAAAUAUCAUGGAUGCUAUUUUCGCGUCGCCUGAGGAAGAGGCUCGUGGUCGACUGCUCAAGAUUAUGCAGGAAUUCCUCAUGUCUGAAGCAGCGAAACAUGCAGCGAAAGAAAAAGCGAGCGCAAAGCUGAAGGGCGCCAUCGGCGACGUGAACAUGGAUGAACUUGUAGGCAACACCGACGGAUUUGCUGAAUCAGGAGUCAGCUCGGCUGUCGUCCAGCGCUAUCUUGAUCCCAUUGUACAGGCUGCAUUGGCGCCUAAUCCGCAAACCCAAGCUGCCGCCGUCGACAUUCUGAGCUUUACAAUCAAACAAGGCCUUGCGCACCCCUUGCAGUCUUUCCCAGUCAUCGUCGCGCUGGAAACCAGCCCAAACUCGUCGCUGAGCACGCGUGCAAGUGCGCUGCAUUCGAUUCUGCACAGCAAGCACACCUCGCUGCUCAAUGCUCGCUACGUCGUGAGCGCGCGUGCGUCGUUUGACUACCAGAAGCGCCUUCUCCCUGGCAAGGUCCAAGGGUAUCGCAACCCGGCUGCACCGACGGCGUUACUGCAGCGGUGGUAUGGGCUUGUCCGAGAAAAACGGGCCACGCGGCAGGAUUUUCUCAAAGCCCUGGUGAAGGUAUUUGACAUUGAAUUAAAUGCACAGUCGACGCAGGAUGACGUGGACUUUAUCCGGUAUAUGGCAGAGAACUUUUCUACGUUCGAGUACAAGACGCAAGAGGAGGUGCUGACGGUGCUCAAGUACCUGACGGGGGUGCUCUCGACAACAGGGAUGCAGCUGGUCGAGACGCUGUCCCCGCAACAUCUCCUGACUCAGCUGCACGCGCCAUCAGAAGGGAACGCCCAGGAGCAGGCUCUGGCCCCUGUCGUGGUAUCUCCCCCUGGCGAUGUGGAGGAGCGGCUUCCGCUGAUGCGGACCUCGGUAGUGGUGGCGAUGAUCGUGCUGCUCAAGGCGCAUCUCAAGGCGCUGUACGGCAUCUCGGAAGAGAAAUGCGCAAAGUGGGUCGUGGGGAAGAAGAGCGCGGUGGGCGAUAGGCCGGCGACGCGGAGGAACGAGCAGCCCAUAUCAUGGGAUCGUCUGCCGUUCGCGGCCGCGCCACUGCUCACGAGCGCCGACCUUGACGCACAGCGCACAAGGUUUCUCGAAAUCUGGUACGAAGACGGGCUGACUGCUGAGCCCGAGGACGAUCUCACAUGA